AGGCAUCAAGAUUGUAAAGGAUCUGGUCUUCAGCAGAAUAAAGGCAUACAAUUUGACUCAAAUGUUUGCCUUUAUUACAGAGUCAAUAGAACUAUACUAUCAGAGAAAGUUACUCAAUGUCUCAAACAGUAGAAUGGAUCACUUUGUUGCCUCCAAAUUUCUGGGUCAGGGUGCUGAGACAGUUCAACAUAGUACCAUUGAAAAUCUUGGCGAUAGCAUCUUCCGUGUAAAAAGCAGAAACGCUUAACUGGGUUUGAUAAUGACAGUUAUGUUGUGGACAUGCACAUUGGAACUUGCAGCUGCAAGAGAGGGCAAAAUGGUUUUCCGUGUGCCCAUCAGGCAGCAGUUGUGUCCAAAUACCAAAUAGAUAGUGUUAACUGCUUUCCGUCACUAAAUGCAUCAGCUAGGCACCGAAUUGCUAAAUUGGCAAUAUGCGAAAAAGCCAAAUCUGAUAUAAAUUUCUACGCUUCUCUUCAUCAAGAAACGUACGACAAUGCUGAUACUGACUCAAAUCUGUCCGACUCACAUGAUUUAACCAGAUUAAGAGAAAAAUUUCUGCUACAUACAGACAAUCAGGACACCAAUCUAAAGUGCAAUGACCUAAAUGAAGACUCGGACGUCCAAUAUACAACAAACUCAUUGGCAUCAGCAUCUCAAGAACUGAAAUCCAAACUCAGAGCAAUCACAACUGAUAUGAUUGAAAAAUUAGAUUCUGAAGAUCAGCAGUUCAGAGAUGGUGUGCAAAAAUUUGUCAUGCGAUAUGAAAGUCUUCAAGGCCCCAGAUCUAUUGCCCGACUGUCUAGCGCACUACAUCAGUUUGGAUGGAUAUUUGGCGGUCAUUCCAUACGUCGCCAUGGUGUCUUCAUUCAAAGAGGGAAACGAAUUCCAGUGCAAGCAACCUCAGCUGGAAGACGGAAGUAUGGAUCCAAGAGCAAAACAAAAACCACAGCAGGACGUCCCGUAAGUUCUAUGCUCGUCAAGUCCAAAAAAAUGUUACACAAAGCCGCUAUGUAAUUCCACUAAGAAAUUCAAUCAAAAUCAAAGCAAAAGGCCUCAAUCUUUGAAAUUAAGUAUACAGAAAGGCUGCCAGAAUGCUGAGAAGUGGUAACAAUAGUCAUAACAGAGACAUAUAAAAUAACGAAGUAGACAAUUGAACAGCAGGUCAACCUAAGAUGGUUUAGUUAAUUAAUAUUUGACAUAGCCAGCAGUACUGUUACAUUAUCAUUGAUGUUGCCACCUAUCACUUUGUUUAUCUAUCACUUUGUUUAUCUAUCACUUUGUUUAUCUAUCACUUUGUUUUAAUUCUUGCAGUUACGUAAACACUGUAUUUCUGAAACAAGAUGUGUGUGCGGCUACAUUUCUCAACGUGU